AUGUACGACGACCCUGACACUGAGGGGGACAAUGUCUGGACACCUAGCGACACCUCCACAGCAAUUAGGCGCCACACACAAAAGCUGCAGUCGGGCUCAUCAACUGAACAGCCGGAUAUCAGAGUGCUGUUACAACGACAAGCAACACCCAAGAUGGCCACCGCGAAGGCCUUAACCGCGCCGAUGCGGCCUUCACCGCAAGUACACUCACUGGCGCAACAGGCAGAGGGUGAGCACGAUACCAUGCUCUCAGCCAUCAGAGUAACACGGGAUAAUACACUCGCAACAAAACAAGACUUCCAACAAUGGAUGCAGGAACUCCAGAAAAUGCUCCACGCCGACAUCGGCACCCGGAAGACAGAUGUUUGCCAGACCACCGAAUGA